AUGGAGAAUCUUCAUGAGGAUCUAGUAAUGGAAAUACUGUAUCGAUUACCCGCUGAUUCGAUUUUACAGUGCAUCCUGGUAUGCAGGACUUGGCGAACUCUGGUACGUAACACUUUCUUUGUCAAUAAUCACUAUCUUCACCAAUUACGAAUACUACUUCAUGAACAACAACUUGAUGUUGAUAACUUGUUGGAUCAUCAGAAUAACAUAAGCAACAUUAGUCUAGGUCAGAUUUUCUUGAUUGAGAAAAGAUACUUCAGAUUUCGGUACGUCGAUGAAAACUAUGAUUACGAGAAGAAUAAUAUUUUUGGUCAUGACCAUCAUCUUCAGCCGUUUGACCACUUUUACAAGAAACUGCUUGCAACUAUUAAGGACUCUAGGGUUCAAGAUAGAUAUAGUGACUAUUUUCUCUAUCCGAUUGGAUCGUGCAACGGUUUGUUAUGUUUUUUUCUAAUGUACAAGUCCUUCCAAACCGUUCCGUUCUCGUUGUUGACAUAUCCUAUGUUUGUCUGUAAUCCUAUUACUGGAGAAUACAUCAAUCUUCCAAGAUGUGGUGUAAAGGAGAAAGACUUUCACAUUGGCAUUAGCUGCGGAAUUGGUUAUGAUUAUUCUAACAAUGUGUACAAGGUAGUUGUUGCAUUACACAACAUGCAGGAACUAGAAUUACAGCCUAAUCGUCUACAGGUGUACAUUCUUGGCGAUGUCAAUGGUUGGAGGAGUAUAAAAAGUCCGUAUGAUUUAUCAGGAGAGUGUAUUCACAUAGCCGGAACAUUUUUUUGGCUCGAUGAUGAGAGGUGCAAUAUCGUAGCAUUUGAUUUGACAGAUGAAGUUUUUGAACUGCUCCCGAAACCAUCUUUCUACACCCCUAAUGACACCUACUAUUAUCAGUUGCACAUAUUAAGGAAGGGUUUAUGUGUUGUUCUUGCACAUUACCCAAACUUGGAGAUUUGGUUGGUAAAGAAGAAGAAGAAGUUGCAGCUGAAUAACAACAGUGGUACCACAGAGAGAACAGAAACGGAUUGCUGGAGUUGGAUGAAGGAGUUUUCUAUGUCAUGGGAAGGACUAGGGCCAUUCAUCAUGUCCUCGUAUUUACAACCAGUCACUAUUUUAAGAAAUGGUCAAGUCCUAAUUUGGGAUUAUAAAAAGAAGGCGCUAUUUCUUUGCGAUCCGAGAACUUCAACCGCCAAAGAGAUCGUACAUGAUGAUGAUUUUCGUAAAGUGGAGUAUGUCCGUUCACUUCCUCACAUUAAUAGCUUUGUUUCACUAAAAUCUCUAGGAAUGAAGUCAAAGUGGAUUUGA